UCGUCUGAAGUAGGCCUCCUGUACUGUGAAUAGCUGGUUUUAUGAACUGUCUACAACUGGUUGACGUCAUGAAACUGCGUCAGCCCUUGAGGUAGUCACUGCAGGGCCGCCACAUCUUAUCAUUAGCUAGCCGGCUGAAUUUAUCAAGCGGCGAUUAGCUACCCACAGCCAACAUGAGUUUAUUUGGCACGAGUUCUGCUUUCGGGGCCGCGGGGUCCGGUGUAUUCGGAAACGCAACAACAGAUAAUCACAAUCCCAUGAAGGAUGUGGAGGUAACCUCGCCACCUGAUGACAGCAUUAGCUGUCUGGCCUUCAGCCCUCCUACCAUGCCAGCGAACUUCCUGAUUGGUGGAUCCUGGGCCAAUGAUGUUCGGUGUUGGGAAGUGCAGGACAAUGGGCAGACCGUGCCCAAGGCUCAACAAACACACACAGGCCCUGUGCUGGAUGUCUGCUGGAGUGAUGACGGGAGCAAGGUCUUCACUGCCUCCUGUGACAAAACUGCCAAGAUGUGGGACCUUAACAGUAAUCAGGCCAUGCAGAUAGCACAACACGACGGCCCCAUUAGGACAAUCCACUGGAUAAAAGCCCCUAACUACAGUUGUAUCAUGACGGGCAGCUGGGAUAAAACUCUGAAGUUUUGGGACACCCGCUCGCCCAAGCCUGUCAUGUCCCUGCAGAUGCCUGAGAGAGCCUACUCUGCCGACGUGGUGUACCCCAUGGCGGUGGUGGCCACAGCGGAUCGAGGGCUCAUUGUGUACCAGCUGGAGAACCAGCCCUCCGAGUUCCGCCGGAUAGAGUCUCCGCUUAAGCACCAGCACCGCUGUGUGGCCAUCUUUAAGGAUAAGCAGGGCAAGCCCACUGGAUUUGCCCUGGGAAGCAUCGAGGGGCGGGUGGCCAUCCACUACAUCAACCCCCCCAACCCAGCCAAAGAUAACUUCACCUUCAAGUGCCACAGGUCCAACGGAACCAACACGGCCACUGCACAGGACAUCUACGCCGUGAACGCCAUCUCUUUCCACCCCGUGCACGGGACCCUGGCCACCGUGGGGUCGGACGGGCGCUUCAGCUUCUGGGACAAGGACGCCCGCACCAAGCUGAAGACCUCCGAGCAGCUGGACCAGCCAAUCACAGCCAGCUCCUUCAACAGCAACGGCAACAUCUUCGCCUAUGCCUCCAGCUACGACUGGUCAAAGGGGCACGAAUAUUACAACCCGCAGAAAAAGAAUUACAUCUUCCUGCGAAACGCAGCCGAGGAGCUGAAACCUCGGAACAAGAAAUGAUUCUUCUGGCUGUGUCACAUGUUGAGGGUCCACUCCACACACUGAAGACCUGCCUUAAAUAUGUAAAUAUGGGAACUUCAGGCUGGUGUUUGCGCCAGCCUUUCAUUAUGCCACUUCUGUGUUUUGCAGGAGGAAGGGGAAUUUUGAUGUUCAUAAAUGUGACGUUUUGUUUUUUUUAUACUGUAUCCCGAGGAGGGGAUGGAUAUCAUUGUUAUUGGCAUGUUCUGCUCUUUCAUGGUGGUGUAGACCACUACAUGUAAUGUGAAAGAAAUAAAAGCAAUUUUCUUUUCCUAAA